UGUAGCCAGCAGCAAAAGAUGCUAGCUACUGAAUUCACUGCCAUUUUCAUUUUAGUAAAUUGCGGGAUAUCGCUGAGCAAAUGGGACUAGCUCCAUGGCAAUGAUGAAAAUUCAUAUAUUUUUGUGUUCUGAUUCCAUUUCGUCGUAAAUUACGUUCUGUACUCUUGACGUGAGGAUAAUCGAGACAAUAUUGCAUUUGACACCGACACUGUAUUUCACUCGGAUUUCUCUGGACUCACAUCAGGAAUGAGUAUAGAAAUCCCAGAAGGACUGACGGAGCUGUUGCAGAGCUUUACCGUGGAAGUGUUAAGGAAUCAGCCAAGGGACUUACUAGAGUUUGCCUUGCAGUAUUUCACGCAAUUGAAGGAGAGUGAAACCAAGGGGGCCGCGUUUGACAAUGACCAAAAUUCGGCCUCAAGAUCUGGGAAAGCAGUCAACUUUAUCGAAGAAGCCAUGCAAAUCGAUUCGGAAAAUGGAGAGGAAGAGGAGGAUGACGACGAGGAAUUCGUAGCACCAGUGAUCAACAGGUUUACAAGAAGAGCUUCAGUGUGUGCAGAGGCCUUCAACCCGGAUGAGGAGGAUGAUGACAAGGAACCAAGGACCACGCACCCCAAAACAGACGAACAGAGGCACAGGCUGCAGGAGGCAUGCAAAGACAUCCUGCUGUUCAAAAACCUCGACCCGGAGCAGAUGUCCCAAGUCCUGGACGCCAUGUUUGAGAAAAGAGUGGAAGUUGGAGAACACAUCAUCGAUCAAGAUGACGAUGGGGAUAACUUUUACGUCAUCGAAAGAGGGACGUUUGACAUCGUAGUGAGAGCAGACAGCGCUGAGCGGACAGUGGGCUCCUAUGACAACCGUGGAAGUUUUGGGGAGCUGGCUCUGAUGUACAACACCCCAAGGGCAGCCACCAUCAUCGCCACCUCGCCUGGAGCACUCUGGUGCAUGGACCGGUUAACAUUCAGAAGGAUCAUUGUGAAGAACAAUGCCAAGAAGAGGAGACUGUAUGAAGCUUUCAUUGAGACUCUUCCUUUGCUCACGUCUCUGGAGGUAUCAGAGAGGAUGAAAGUGGUGGACGUUCUGUCCACUAAAGUCUACAGCAGUGGAGAGCGGAUCAUUGCUCAGGGUGAUAUGGCUGACAGUUUCUACAUUGUGGAAUCUGGCCGUGUGAGAAUCACAAUGAAGCACAGUAGGACAAAAAAGGACACAGAAGAGGAAGAAGUGGAUAUCGCCACCUGCUCGAGGGGACAGUACUUUGGAGAAUUAGCUCUAGUCACAAACAAGCCACGAGCAGCUUCUGCAUACGCCAUGGAGAAUGUUAAAUGCUUAGUGUUGGAUGUCAAGGCAUUUGAGAGAUUGCUCGGCCCCUGUAUGGAUAUCAUGAAAAGAAAUAUCGCAAACUACGAGGAGCAACUGGUAACCCUGUUUGGAAGUAACACAGAUAUUGAGGAACAAGAUGCAUGAGUUUAAAGAGAUGAACCAGGACAAAGAAGCUGACGAUGAAGAUUUUGGCCACAGUGCGGGUGCCAGAUGUCUUGUAAUUCCUCUUACUCUUGCAAAUAUUGUUUUACAUUCACACAAUGUGAAACAGUGUACAUCAAAGAUAGCGAUUUAAAAGUGAUAAGCUCAAAAUGUAUGUGUACUUCCAGAAAACAGAGGAAUUUUCUCACAAGGCAGUGUUCAUUCUGACAUUUUGAGCAUAACCAUCAUGCUUGUAUGACAAUGUAAUGCUCAUGUUUUCACCUCUUGUUCACAGUUCACACUAUGUUAUUUUCAUGAAACAUCACAUAGACACGACUAUGUUACUGUUAACUGAUGACACUUGUUAAUAUAAGGGCAGUUCUGUAUUUCAGGACCGUUGGUGUUACUCAUUCUCAUGAUCUAUAUCAUUUUUUCCUUCUGUUCCAAACUCAUGUGCCAAAGGUUGUGAACUCUGUGAAACGCUUGUUGUUUUAUGUGAUCUUCAUGCUUCAAAGUUUGCCUGCCAAGCUUUUUGCAUUGGGGAUGAAUCUUCAUUGCAACAGUUUGUCUUUACAAAGAUAUAAAUCUACAAGGGCCCUAUGGCUUACAUUUUAAUAUAACAUCCAUGUAUGAAAAAUGUGCUUUCCCUGUUUAUGGGCGAGAUUUUAAUUUGGAGACAAAUUGCAUUACCUGCAGUGCAUUUACACUGUGCUUUGUGGUUUUUGAAUCUCAAGCACCUCAAAUGCAGUUAAGUAAAUAUUUUGUUUUCGGCUUUUGAGCUAAUUUUACUUUGAAUUGUCACUUAUGAAUUCCAACAUAUCUGAACAAGAAUACUGCAAAAUAGUUUCACAUUAUGUGACAUGGAAGAGAUUUGGUAGUAACAAUGCUCAACAAGUUAACAAAAAGGGUAAAAGACUGUGUUGGGAGAUAUAAGUGAACAUGUUUAUAUUGCACUUUGAUGCUAGCCUCAUAGACAGGUACUUGUUGUGAUUGCUCAUUAUCUUUAGUCAGUUUUUAUGUUUAAAAUGUCAUGUUUGACUCAUCAUUGCCAGUUUAGCAUAUAUCACCAGUAUAGAGUUGUUAUUGUUGAUAGUUUGUUUAUUUAAAAAUGUGAAAAUAUUUCAUAUUACAUUUUAAAUAUAAGGGCAUAGCAUAGUGUUGUCAUCACCUGACCUUGUUAGACUUUUUUUUAAUGUUUUACACACCUCUUUAUUACCACACAUACAUUACCACAGGACUUGGAACAUUUGAUAUGUUAAACACAGCUCUCAGUGUGUGUCAGUGCUUUUCUGCAGACAAGCAUGAGAUGGAUAUGACAAGCUAAUAUAGCUUGUCUCUGUCUCAUGUAAUAAUGAACAUAUCUGUCCAUAAACAUUAAGUAUGUCCCUUUUGCCUUUGAGGUAUUAUUACCUUGCUUCUUACUUGCAAUACUUUAGAGUUGUUAGUUUUCAUUUCUACUGUGCUUUCAACCAGUACUGCUCCCCAUUGUCUUCAGUGUAUUAAAUUAUGACAUUUCUGUGGCCAGUCUUAAAAACGCGGUUGUAGUUGUAGCCAUUCCAUUCGAGGACAUUGCUAAGGUUAUUUAUUAUCGUCUACCUCUAUAUAAAUAACACAACACCUUCACGUGUUGCUUUUCAGGGCAUGUCGUCUCAUCGAAGAGCAACUCCCACUGAUAAACUGUUUCUUUAUUUUUUAUGUGCAGUUGUCAUGUCACCUUAGAACUUGGCUUGUUAAUCUGCCACUGAAUUGAAACCUAAAAUUUAACUGACUUUUGAAAUUAUUUACUUGUUUUGAAC